AGCAUCAUCACCCUCAAAUAAUACCGCAGUUAGUCUUAACUCUAGUGGCAUCGUAGAUAAAACUCUGACCGCGAAAUUUAAAUAUUUUCCUAAAAUGAAGUUUGCUUUGAUUUUUUUGUGCGCGGUGAGUUGGGUGGAAUGUUACAAAAUUUUGGUCGUGUUCUCAGCGGCGUCGCCCAGUCAUUUUAUGCUUUGCAACGCUUUGGGGAGGGGGCUAGCGAAAGCGGGACACGAAGUAACUGUACUUAGUCCCUUCCGAGACAAAAAUCCCCCGAAGAAUUACAGAGAGGUGGUUUUGACUGGAUUUGUGGAAAAUAAAGAAAAAGUUAUGCCACUCAACUUCUUCGAGUUGGAAAACAUGCAUCCAUGGCUAAGCAUUUACAGUAUGAUGUCUGUCAGUAACACCGUUAAUGAAACUUUCGAACACCCAAACUUUAAGAAACUACUAAACGAAAAAUUCGACCUAAUUAUCAUGGAACAAUUUGUGUUUGAAAGCUUAAAAGCUCUGAGCUGUCACUUUAACGUCCCACUGAUAAUGUUCAGUAUUGUCGGAGCCAACCUUUGGUCCAAUAUUGAUACAGCCAAUCCGUCACCGCCAUCUUAUAUACCGGACCUUGGCUUAAGUUAUUCUAGUAAAAUGAAUUUGUGGGAAAGGACCUUCAAUUCGCUGACGGUGCUGAUUAACAUAUUUAAUAACUAUCUGUAUUACUACCCCACUCAGAGGAAAUUCGUACAAAAAUAUUUACCGAAAUGUGCCAAUUAUGAUUUCAAUAACGUAUCUUUUUAUCUAAUGAACUCGCACGAAAGUACAUCAGAACCGGUACCGAUGGUACCCAAUAUGAUCAACAUCGGCGGCUUUCACAUCAAUCCACCCAAAGAAUUACCGAAAGAUCUAAAGGAGUAUCUGGAUAACGCGAAAGAUGGCGUAAUCUACUUCAGCAUGGGUUCCAAUAUCCAGUUUUCUAAAGUUAAACCCGAAAUUAGGGAUACUUUAACAAAGACAUUGGGCAAACUGAAGCAGAAAGUUUUAUGGAAAUGCGACGAGGAUACGUUACAUGGAAAACCAGAUAAUGUUAAACUUGGAAAGUGGUUUCCACAAUCAGAUAUUUUAGCCCAUCCAAAUGUCAAACUAUUCAUCACUCAUGGAGGAUUACUGAGUACCUUCGAAACAAUUUAUCAUGGAGUACCGGUACUCACUUUACCUGUGUUCGGAGAUCAAAAACUAAAUGCGGCCAGAAUGGAAACUCUUGGUUAUGGAAUAAAACUUACGUUUUCAGCUAUUACUGAACCAGAUUUGACAGAAGCUUUAAAUAAACUAUUAAAUGAUCCAAAAUACCGAGAAAAUGCUAAAAUGAGGUCAAAACUUUUCCACGAUCGACCGAUCAAACCCAUGGAUGAAAUGAUAUAUUGGGUUGAGUACAUCGCUAGAUAUAAUGGCGCACCGCAUUUACAGGUUGCUGGUAAACAUUUACCGUGGUACCAAUAUUUACUUCUGGACGUUGUUCUCCUUGUGGUUCUGAUCGUUACUAUUCCAAUCGUUUUACUUUAUAUAAUUUGUAAAAAACUGUGUUGUUCAGGAAAUGAAAAAAAGAAACAGAAAAAGGAAUAAAAGA